AUUGAUUUUUUAAAUUCUUUUGAAGGCCUUCUUGUGCCGGUAUUGGUUCUGCUCCUCAUGUUGGCGAUCCUGAUCAUUAUAUUUUUCUUGAUCCCGAAAGAGCCGGACCUUGGAAAGGAUAUUGUCGUACAUGGAGAAAAACCCAUCUCGUCCACUGACAUUCGUUAUGGAAAAGUCACAUUUGAGAUCUCUGAAGAUUCAACUUACAAAUGUAACUCUGCCCCAUUUUCCCCUCCAUUCUUGGCGGAAAAAGUGCUGGUGCAAUUGGCGCCAUCUCGUUCCAGUGCCAUGACCAGCUCGUUGCUUCAGGCCGUGACAGUCUGGCUCGAGUGGGCCAACGCAACUGGAUUCUCAGCUUGCGUGGAAACGUCGGGAAGAUCGGAUAAAGUGCGGGUGGUGACCGUUCAUUGGCUGGCGCUUCGCGGACAGCCACAAGACGGUGCAGCAGGAAUCGUGGACAUUCCAUUUUGGACGAGUGGAACAAGUCAUGUUCAUAUCUCGUUUCCUUGGGAACUUAACCCAGUGCCAGAAGUGUUCGUCACUCCGGUUCACAGUACUCCGCAUCAAAGAAAAGACGCCGCCUCCGUUUGGAGCGAAGAUGUCACAACUUUUGGAUUUAAACUCUAUCUGCGAGAAGUGACGAACUUUAGUGGCGGUCAUGCAAACAUCCGCGUGGUGAGUUUGCUAUGA